AUGAAACCAUCCAUUCCGUUCUUAGUUGUCGCAUUGAUGAUUUUUAACAUCAUAUCCGCUCAAAAGGUGGACAAUGAAAAAAUGCUUAAGUUAGUCAAUGCUGCGCGUCAACAAGGAGGCGCCAGUCCUCUUACUCUCAAUAGUGCCCUUUGUGGAGUAGCUACAGAUCAUAGCAACUAUAUGUCAAGCAUUAGUACGCUUACCCAUGACGAUGAAGCUGGAGAUAUGGGUACUAGAUUUACAAAACAUGGCUACAGUUAUUCUACUGGUGGUGAAAAUGUUGCCGAAGGCUAUGAUAACGAAGAAGCUGUUAUGCAAGG